CCAGCACCCAUGUCUCACCGAAGAGUUGCCUAUUACUACGAUCCCGAUGUUGGAGCGUACACAUUUGGCCUACACCAAUUCCUCAAACCGCAUCGCGUCAAGAUGACCCAUGACCUUGUCUCUGCGUAUGACCUGCUGGGAAAGCUCCAUGUUCUGAAACCGAAACGUACGUCGGCGGAGGCACUCACGGCAUUCCAUACCGAUGAAUACAUUCAGUUCCUCAGUAAAGUUACCCCAGAGACGUUUGCAGAGCUUAGUUUUGGCGGAACGAGAUUUCUAGUUGGAGAAGACAACCCUCCAUUUGAAGGUCUAUUCGAAUUCAGCUCGAUCUCUGCUGGGGGCUCCAUUGCUGCUGCGCAACGUGUUGCUGACGGCGCCGCUGACAUCGCUAUCAAUUGGGCUGGCGGUCUCCAUCACGCAAAGAAGAGCGAGGCCUCCGGGUUUUGCUACGUCAACGACAUCGUCCUAUGCAUCCUCGAACUCCUCCGCUCCAUGCCCCGAGUUCUAUACAUCGACAUAGACUGCCACCAUGGUGACGGUGUCGAGGAGGCAUUCUACACAACCGACCGGGUCCUUACCUGCAGCUUCCACAAGUUCGGUAACUACUUCCCCGGAACCGGCGCCCAGGAGGAUCGAGGAAGUGGCAAAGGACAUAGAUAUGCGGUCAAUAUCCCACUCAAUGACGGAAUCAGCGACGCGGCCUUCCAGAGUAUUUUCGAGCCCGUUGUUGGCAAGAUACUCGAUGUUUAUCAACCCAGCACAGUUGUCCUACAAUGUGGCGCGGAUUCGCUGGCCGGAGACAAGCUGGGCUGCUUCAAUCUGAGCAUGCAUGGCCACGCAAACUGUGUCAAAUGGUUGCGCGCAAAAAACAUCCCGCUCGUGCUACUUGGAGGUGGGGGGUAUACCGUGAAGAAUGUCGCGCGUGCGUGGACCUACGAGACUGCUUGUGCCGUUGGGGAGGAAGGGGUUAUUGACGAGAACCCCGUGUUGCCGCAUUGCGAGUCAUUCGAGUGGUUUGGGCCGCGCUAUCGGCUAGAGGUCUUGCCUAGCAACAUGGAGGACUUGAAUCUGCGGGAUGGGUCGCUCCCUCGUGUCAGGCAAAGGGCAUUGGAGCAGUUGUCCGAGCUCCCUCCAGCCCCUUCUGUGGGUCUGCAGGAUGUGCCCCGCGAGUCGCUACACCGGCAUCUUCUCCCCUCAUCAGAUUUGCGAAGUACCAGAGACAAACACAUGGACAGGGAACUUGCUCGAAGGAUGCAAGAGGCGUCAGACCUCGCCAACCAAUCCGACUCUGAUGAUUCUGACUCCGAAAACGAUAGUAAUCGUGACGAAACAGUACCGAGGCGGAGGCACAUGAGCAUCGUCACGAACCAGUACCAGGAGCAGGAGUCCGGUGGCGCGCGGAAGAGAACAUUCUUUGCAUUUGCCCCUGACCCGGAUCUCAGAAGGGCGACAACGAUUGCAGGGCGAUAA